UCUUCUUUCAUCCCUAGAAAUCUGCUGGCCGGACCCUUUUCUUUACUUCUUUUCAGGCCGCCAUAAAGAAGCAGCACAGAGAGAGAGUCCGUGUUGGUAUACAUAAAAUUCUCCGACGGCUAAACACAACAACGACUCGUUCAACUUUUGCAUUCAUCAUCUAUAUUGCGCAGCUGCUGCUGCUGGCCAUAAGGACCGAAAGAUGGACGCGAUGACGAAACACAUUAGCCACACUGGUGGCCAGUCAACGGACAAAAGAAGGAUUCAAAAUCAUGGCGACACUCGACGACAAGUUGAUGGGCGAGAAACUGCAUUACUAUUGCAGUAGCAGCAGUGAAAGUGAAGGUGAAGACGAGGACGGAGACAAGUUACCACCGGCAGCAGGUGAUGCCGAGCCAGCUGCCCCCAACGGCAGCUGUCAGUGGGAUGGAACUUCUUGCAACACUGGGCCAAAAGGAGUGAUCAAAGAUUACCAGCGUUUCAAACAACUUGAACGUGAAAGGAGGGAAGAGCAGAAGGAGGAACUGUCAAAUUUGGCCAAGAAAUUUUCCAUUACAUGCAGAACUAAUGCUGAAGAUGAUAAGGCUAAAUCGGAAGAAGAAAAACUUGAAGAAGAGCUGGCCAAGCUGAUGGAUGAAUCGUGCAUCCAGGAUUUUGUCCAGCAGAGAAUGCAGGAAAUGCUGCUCAGAGAAAACAAUCGGCUGAGAUUUGGAUCACUCCAUGUCAUAAAGGACUGUGAUCAUUUCCUUGCAGCUGUCGAUGGGGAGGACAAAUCUGUCUGUGUAAUCAUCCUUCUUCACGAGCCCAACAGCCCCGGUUGUUUGAGUGCCAUCAAGGCUGUCGAGUCCCUUUGCAAGGCCUACACCCACGUCAAGUUCUGUACCGUUCGACCGUCUCUCAUUUCCAUGUCGGUCAACUUUAAAGUCAGCGGAGUGCCAGCCCUGUUAGCCUACAAGUCUGGCCAACUCUUUGGUAAUUUCGUCCGAAUGACAGACGAACUCGGCGAGGAAUUUGCCACCUGCGAUCUCGAAAGUUACCUCAUCGAGCACGGCAUUCUCAACGACCGCAAUCUAGUCCCCAAUGUAGUCCAAACAGAGUCCAGUGAUGAAGACUGAAAAGGUUUUAUUUCAUUCACUCAUCUCUCAACAUCAACCCAAAACUAACCAUCAUUUCUCAGUGUCUAUUAUCUCUCGUAUUUGAAUGAAACACCCGCGAUCAAAGCAUUAAAAAAAGCUUCCUCCCCGGGUAAAGAAAAGUGUUUUGUUUGUUUCCUUUAUUAUUUUAAUCAUUUUAUACCAGUUUUGCCGACGUCAAAGUGUUGAAAAAGAUCACCGAGUUGUUUGUUGACGAGCCUGGAAGCAGAAAGCGAAAAAAGUGGAGGAGAAAGUUGUAUAACAGUGAAAGACAAAUAGCCACUACAACCCCAUGGCGCAGAUCUAAAUGUCAAAUUUGUUUCACCUUGGCCUUUAUUAUAUAAUCUUCAACAUUCAUAAAGUAUAGAGCAGGGACUCUUCGUUUCCGGUCACGCUCUCGCUCCACUGAGAAAUGGAAGAGGGUCAUCCCGUCGUUUGUUGUCUAUCUGCUAAAGCUAAACAAAUCUUUGCUUUUAAACGCUCUUUUGAUUGCGUGAACAAAGUCAGUGCGUGAAAGACUAGUCUAUUGUUCGAUAUCGUUUGAAAAGAAAGCGUGGGCUAUUUGAAAUGAGAAAUGUAGACCGACUCGUGUCAUUACUGUAAGAUGAUUUCAAGAAAAACUAGAAAAAGUUAUUCAGUUA